UCGCUCUUGACCUCGAAUAUAUAAAGCGAACAAGAACCCUUUCAGAUGCUUCCCUAGAACAUCUUCAAUCCAGUAAACCAGCAGACUCAGACUCGAAGGCCACUUCCUCAUCCCUCCAUCUAUCUUCUCAAACAAGACCACUUUACCGACAAAUACAAUGAAGUUCUCUACCGUUCUCUCUCUCUUCAUCUCUGGCGCAGCCAUUGCUUCGGCCCUCCCUUCCUCCACCGAGACUGUGGAGGCCGACUGUAUCAAGCCAUACCUGUGCUGUGGCGAGCUCAAAACGCCCCUUGACUCUACUGUUGAUCCGAUUUUGAAGCAGUUAGGAAUCAACGCCGCAAGCAUUGUUGGUUCCAUUGGCCUGGCCUGCCAUGCCUGGGAUGAUUCUUGCAAAACUGCACCCAAGUGCUGCACUGAAGCUAAUCUCUUGGGUGGCACAAUUGCUCUUGGAUGCUCAGACCUCGUCAGUGAGCAGUAA